AUGAGAGCCGGCGCAAUGCGUGCUGGGAAAACACAAGAUCCAACGAUUCGACAACCCCACAGGAUAUCGGUUGUGACCACGGAACAUGGUAGAAGGGCUGGAGAUGUUGAUUUCUGGUGGGUGGGUGGGCGUUUGCCCGUUGAUUCCCUGCUGGCACGCGUUCUGUUCGUGACGAUGCCUUUCCAGCGCCGAUUGCUGCUCAAGGGCGAUGCUGUCGAGGCUAACGCCAGCUCCGAUCAAACCACUACGGACGCCGUUCUAGAUACCCUGCACGUGUCAGAGGACGGCGACCGUGAGUUGAUUGAGCAGAUCCUCAGCUUCACGCGUAUGCUCUUGGAAAACUGCGGCAACCGUAGUCUGUACUCUAGCAGCGAGCGCCUGGAUAAACUUCUCAACACCACCUCGACCUCGCUACUCAAGACAACGCUUCGCCUCGGCCACCGAUUGGCUCAGCGAUAUCAUGCCGCCCGUAUGCGCCUUGCUCCCGCCACUCUACACCUGUCGCUGCUUUCGAGCCACUACAACAUCAACCUGGACAAGGUACAAAAGCUGUCAGCCCCUUUUGCCAAGGGGCCUACAGCGGUCGCGCCACUGUUCGGCACGCCAUCUGCCAAAGGAAAAGACAAGGCAUCCGGAGAGCGAGCGGUUGGCUCUGACCGAAUCAGCGGUUCUGAUCUGGUUGGCAUGUACUCUCUUACAGAUUCUUCCCUCCGGCAGGAGUUUGGUGGCGUGCUCAUCUCCUAUUACGAACCGACCACUCUGUCCGAAGAAGGGACCAAAACCACAACGACCGAGGCCCCUACCACACCCACGCCAGUGCGAAGAACCUCAAGUAUGGGCCCUAACCGGACCCCACGACCCACCCAGCCAGCGCCCACCACCGAUUCGCCCAGUACUCCCGCUUUCACGCCCGGCCAACCCAGCAGUCGAGCCAACGGCCCCAAGACAUAUGAGCUGUCAGCCGAAAAGGUGGCGCAAUCUGACAUUCAUGAGUUGCUUCGGCACGGGCUCGCCAAUCUACCGGAGAGCGUACACUAUGAAUUGCUGCACAAGCUGCGCGUUGCAAAGAUGCUUUCGAGCGGUAAGGCGGGUCGCGAUGAUGCAGUUGCGGUUCGUUUACUCGCCAUCUCCAACAUGGGCUAUGUGCACGGCGACAAGGAGUUUCACGCGAAAUUGGGCCAACAAGACGCAGAUGAGCCACGUCGAUUACAACUCGCAUAUCAGCUUUCUGAAUUAGUCCACCCUCCUGGUAACGGCGAGAACGGCGUUUCACUGGAGCUUCAAACCUUCACCUUGAAUGCGCUGGAAGCUCUUGCGAAACACAAGACCAAAUCCGUCGAGAUUUGUGCGGCCUUGAGCGUCAAUGUUAAUCACGGUGUGCUCUUCUAUGUUGUUCGUAAGCUUGUUGCUGGACUUGGCGUUGAGACUAGCUCUCCAAACGACUUGGAGGAGGACGAAUGGCGCGAGGCUCUGUUCGCUCUUCUGAACACUCUACCCACCUCCCAGGCUCGUACUGGCGAACAGAUGGUUGCGGCAGGUCUUCUAGAGAUACUUGUUGAGGUGCUCAAGUUGCGUACAGAAAAGGCAGAGCGCAAUUACCCCAAGAUCCUCAACUUUCUUGACACCUUCGUGUACAACCUCCGAGAUGCCUUUUCUGCCCUUGUGAGCGCCAAGGGGCUUGAUAUCAUCGCCGAUCUGAUGCAAUAUGAAGUCGACAUCUCGAAGAAGCUGGCUGAAGAAGACAAGGGCAUGCCCAAAGAGUACAAGACACAGCUCACUGACUAUCGAAUCCCAUUCUACCACCAACAAAGUCUCCGCUGGCUGUUCAAGUUUUUGAAUCACAUGAUGUCGCACACUGGCGGCAACUUCGAUCGUCUGAUGCGUAAUCUGAUCGAUUCACCCCAGCUUCUCAGUGGCCUUCGUAUCGUCCUGUCCAACGCAAAGAUCUAUGGUUCAACGGUCUGGAGUAUGGCAGUCACGAUCCUCACAAGCUUUAUCCACAAUGAGCCGACCAGCUACCAGGUCAUUGCUGAAGCUGGUCUCAGCGAGGCUUUCUUGGAGACGGUAGCAGGGGAGCCCGCUUCCGAAGCAACGGCCGCUGAGAUCGAUAGUGAAAACACUACGACACCUACCUCUCGGACAUAUACACCCCGCGCUGAAGGAGCACAGUUGGCAGAAGGCAUCCUACCUGUUGCUGAGGCCAUAUCAACACUGCCACCUGCAUUCGGUGCAAUCUGUUUGGCUGAGGCUGGCAUGAAGCUCUUUCAAUCUUCAACCGCUCUGAAACGCUUCUUCGAAAUUUUCGAGAGCCCUGCGCACAUUAAAGCACUCGACGCCGACACGGAGAUGCCUACUUUGAUCGGAAACUCCUUCGAUGAGUUGGUCCGCCACCAUCCGCCUCUGAAGGCUCGUGUGCUCUCUUGCCUCAGUGAACUGAUUGCACGUGUGGUGCAAUCGUGUGCAGACAAAGCCGAAAAAGAAGGCGUUGGUGCCAAGCUCUGGACUCAGGAUGCUUCUGGGAAGCUUUUUGUUGCUGGUGGUCGCCGUGCACUGGUUGGACCCCAAGCCCAGCAUGUCAUCGGGCGUUCCUCUCAAGCCUCCACGACCGACGUUGAGAUGAAGGACGCAGACGAGCAAGGCAAGACUGAGACAUCCAACGAGCCAGUGGCCAUUGAUCAGAUCACCGAGACGGAGGACAGCGCCAAGGGCCCAACCACUGGACAAUACAUCAGAGUUCUAUGUCGCUUCCUAUCUGGCUUUUUUGCCAACCAUGCCAUGUGCGCUGCCUACAUUGAAGCCAAUGGCGUGGAAUCCAUCCUCGACAUCUCCAGCCUAGCUUGUCUCGAUCCCAAGUCUACUGAGACUCGUAGCAUGAGUGAGGAGUUUGGUCGCGUCGUCCAAGUCUUGGUUGAGCAGAAGCCACAUAUUGCGGUGCCUUCGCUCAUCAAACGAACGCAACAGGCUCUGGAGCGUCUUCAGCCGUUGCUGAAUCACAAUGGGAAGCAAGCUUUCUUUGCGCCGUUCACUGGUACUGGUUCUUCUGACAAUACCGAGGUCUUGGAACAGGGCACCUUCUUCGUCAAGGCAUUGGUCACAGCGCACACACUUGUCGGAGCCAUGACCAUGACCUUCCAGAGCCAGAUGUACAGUACAAGGUCUGCUCAUAACGUAUCCAGUCAAGUGAACCUUGCAGAUAUGUACGCUCGCCUCGUCGACAGCCUUGGAAAGCUUCAUCGCAGCUGUGUCUGGGAGGAACUUCUGCUUCAGCGGUAUAUACCCACUGAGUGGGAGAAAGAGACCAGAGUUAAGAGCUCUGGCUUCGGCAACGACGAAGCCGACAACCUCUUCCAUAUUGGGAACAUUGCUUCAGACUUCCCACCUAGUGGGGAUAACGCCGCCUCUCAUAGUGCUGCGCCUGACCCGGCAACCUCAAUCCAGAACAACGCGCAGUUCAAGAACACGCAGACUCUUCGAAACCUCCUCAGCAAGAUUCCUACGGAAAUCGCACCAUUCUUCCAAUCACUUGGCAAAUUGCUGUUGUUCCGACGCAGUCUCGAAGCCUAUCAGCGACAAUGUGCCACGGUUGUUGCUGAUCAGCUUGCUCAAGCCGUCAUUGACCAGCUCACUUUUGAGAAUCCUAUUGAAGCAGACUCCAUCGAAGAUCGCUACGCAUACUGGAUCGUCAUACUUACCUCGCUGUCUCAGCUCAUGAUUGAUCCUAAUAUGGAUCGGCCCCAGUCGCUGACCUUGUUAUUGGUGUCCUUUAGGAAUCUAGGUGGCUUCAAAGAACUUGGAUUGAUCUUGGACAAGUUUUACGAAUCUGCGCUUGAGAUUACACAGAAGAAGACUGAGGCGACUAGCGAAGAGUCUAAUCAGCGCCUCCUGAAUCUGUCACUGGGUGGCUUGAAGAUCAUUCUCGCCUUCUAUGCCCAAAUCAUCAACUUCAAAGUGAUAGGAGAAUCGCAACAGACUUCGGCAAUGCAGACUCGUCCGGAUCGUGAUAGGGAACGCGCUGAUCAUUUCUCAACCGCGCAAUUCCUCGUGGAGUUGCGAUAUGCCGUCAUCAAGCCUCUGGAGAAGAUUUGGAACUCAGAGCUGAUGGACAAAGCGACCACAUCCAUUGUGAAGACCUCAAUCAACAUACUCAAAUCGGUCCUCGAGUGCGAAGGCGAACACGGUGCCUACAAGAGCAUUGACAAGAUUCCAAAGCGCAAUAAGCCAAUCAUUAAGCCUUGGACGCCGCGCAACGGAGAUUAUACGGCACGCUUGAUCGACCUGGAAUUUCCCGAAUCGCUUGCGGAGGAAGCACUAUAUCGAUGCUGCGACAACUUCAACAUGGCUAGAGAGUAUUGCCUGAAUCAAAGCCGCCCCAACGCUUCAAGAAACCCGAUCCCACAGUACGAGAUUCAAGCGCGCGGACCACCUUCUGCGUCACCAAGUCGUGCCGAGGUGGUUGUGCCUGAGUCUGCAGACAGUGGUAGUAUUACUGCUAGCAGCGAUGCGACACAAGAUGAAGAAGAGUCUGAGAUGCCAGACACGCAAUCUGUCCAGAUGGAGGAUGCGGACGACGCUAUAGGGCAGCCAGAGGUGCCUGCAUCCAGUACCCCAGUUCCUGAAAGCCAACCUGCUCAAGCCACCCCUACCCCACACGAUGCUUUGGCUUAUCAGAAGCGCAUGGGCACUGGAAAUUCUACGGAGCUUGUUGCCUUGGACCAGUUGGAUGAAGAGCGCUCCAAACUUCGCAAGAGCCUUGUCGACCGUUCUCUCGACGUUCUCAACUCCCAUGGAGAUGUGACCUUUGAGCUGGCGGAUCUCAUUUCUGCGGCAGUCAUGAAGUCGCCUGAGUCAAGCUCCAUGCGAGCAGAGAUUGGAGCUACACUUGUUCAGUCCCUCAUCUCGCUACAAAGCGAGGAUGAUUUCCGCUCACAAGGAAAGAAGAUUGCAGCUUCUGCGCAUCUGCUGGCGUUGGUGCUUCAAGACAAGUACUUUUACGAAGUCAUCGUCGAAGAGCUGAAGGAUAAUUUCAGCACCCUCUUGGGUUUCGUGAAAAUCUUUCCCGAUCAAACAACUGAGGAUUCGUCACCCUGGAUUGGACAGGUCUUACUCAUUGUUGAGCGCCUACUAGCAGAAGAUCAACUCCCACCUCAAAUUGAAUGGACCCCGCCUACUGAGGAUACCACCGAAACCCAAACAGUCGACCAGCUGCCAGAACCCAUUGUAGGCGUGGAGGAGAAGAACCAGCUGUUCGAUGCGAUAAUCGAGAUGUUACCAAGGAUCGGCAAGGACGAGUCGCUGGCCCUCUCAGUCACUCGCGUGCUAGUCAUGCUCACUCGCACACGGAAGAUUGCCAUGCGUCUUGCAGAAAAGCGUAACAUUCAGCGUCUCUUCCUCAUGGUGAAGCAACUCGCUGGUGUCACCAAUGAAGGCCUUCGAAGUGCUUUCAUGAUUGUGCUUCGCCACAUGAUUGAGGAUGAAGCAAUGAUACGACAGAUCAUGCGCACAGAAAUCCAACAGAUGUUUGAGACUAGAGAUCGCAGACAGACUGAUACUACCGGCUACACUCGGCAAAUGUUUGCGCUUGCUAUUCGCGCGCCUGAGAUCUUCGUCGAAGUCACAAAUGAGAAGCUCCAACUAGCUCGAUUCGACCCAAACCAGCGACCUCAGACUCUGAUCCUCAAGAAGAUUGAUUCACCUGUUGAGGAGUCUUUCGACACCGGCGUGCCCUCUGAGAUUACCGCCGAGAAGGACCAACCCAAGGAGUCGAGUGAAGUCCCAAAACAGCCCUCGCUUGGUCGCACCAAAACCUCCGAUCUCAAGGUGCCAGUCAUGGAGAAUCCUGACGGUAUCAUUCAUUAUCUGUUAUGUGAGCUGCUAGCCUACAAGGAUGUUGACGACAAGGUGGAGUCACCAAAGACUGAAGCGACUACGCCGUCCGUCACACCUGUCGCUCCAGCAGAGGUCCGGAGUAGCUCACAGUCCACGCCUGAGUCAACCCCUCCACCUGCAACUGCGCCUGCAGAGCCAAGCAAAUACGACAAAGCCACUUUCAAGGCCGACGCGCAUCCGAUUUAUAUUUAUCGCUGCUUCAUUCUAAAGUGUCUCGCGGAGCUGUUGCAGAGCUACAAUCGCACCAAGAUUGAGUUCAUCAACUUUUCAAGAAAGGCCGAUCCUUACACAGUCACGCCGUCGAAGCCUCGUUCUGGUGUACUCAACUACAUGCUUAACAACCUAGUACCGAUUGGAACUCUGAAUCAUGAAGGCGAUCUCAACUUCAAGAAGAAGGUGGCGACAUCCAAUUGCGCAAUCGACGUCAUCGUCUCUCUUUGUAACAAGACCGGCGAAUACACUAUUCCCAAGACUGAUUCAACUCAGUCGCCCUACAUCGAGUCAGAGACCGAUUUGUUAUUUGUACGCAAGUUUGUGCUUGAGCAUGCGCUGAAGGCGUUCAAGGAUGCGAGUGCCUCAGACGAGCCUCUGGAUCUGAAGUACUCAAGGCUACUCAAUAUUGCCGACAUUUUCUCCAGAAUGGUCUCGCAGCGUCCGAAUGGCGAGCUACUUACCCAAAACGCCGACUUGACCCCUAAUCUGAAGCAAAUGGCCAAGAUCAUGUAUGAGAAGAAUUUCAUCACGAUCCUGACCACAGCCAUUUCGGACAUUGACCUCAACUUCCCGAAUGCGAAGCGUGUUGUCAAGUACAUCUUGAAGCCUCUUAAGUGGUUGUGCUAUGUUGCCAUGGACUUGAGCAUGCACUACGAUACUUCUUCUGCCCCGGAUUCAGCGGAUGAAUAUGAGAUCUCAGUAGCAUCUGAUGAUGAUCUCAUUGACAACACUCGUGAAGAUACGCCGGAUCUAUUUCGAAAUUCGACCCUUGGCAUGUUCGAGCCGCCUCAUGACUCUGAGUCUGACGAAGACUCUGAAGAUGAGGAUGGUGAAGAAAUCAUGUUUGACGACCCUUAUGCGGACGAAAUGGAAUACGACGAAGCCGACAUUGGCGACGACGACGUCAUCUCUGAUGACGAAGAAAUCCUAGAGAUGGACAUUGACGGCAUGGGCCAGAUUGAAGGCUUGCCUGGCGAUGUCGAUGUCGAGAUCGAAAUAGACGCUGGCGGCGAAGGUAUGGGGUCUGAUGAUGAUUCCGAGGAGGACGAAGAUGAAGAUGAGGAAGAGGAUGAUGACGAUGACAUGGAUGAAGACGACGAUGACGAGGAUGAUGAUGACGAGGAGGAAGAAAUCGACGAAGAUGAUGCUAUAGAGGCUUUGGAAGCCCUCGAGGAGGUUACUGGUGACGACGAAGGCGGUAGCCUAGCCGAAGACCACGAAGAUGACUGGAGCGACGAUCAAAACGACAUCCAGGGUGUCAUGAACGGUGAUGCAAACAUGCCAUCUGGCCCCAUGGGCUUCGUUGUCGAUGGGUCACAACUUCUUGAACACAUGCGCCAGGGCGCGGAUAUGGAGGGCUACAUGGAUGAUGAGAUGGCGGAGGAUGGUAAGCAUUUUCUACUUUUCUUCACGGCACUCCUUUUCUUGCUUUCAUCAUGGCGCUGCUUCUUUCUACUUGAGUUCGCAGGGUCGCAUCUAUUCAGUUUUGGCGCAACAUUUGCUAACCCUUCAGAUGAAGAAGAAGAGGAAGAAGAAUAUGACGAAGACAUUCACUACGAUCCAGGUAUGGAAGAUGAUGAGGAUGCCAUGCAAGAUCUUGGAUGGAGCGGGGGCUGGGAUGAAGGGCCAGCAGCUCCCACUAUUCGCCACACUCAUCGUCUCAGCCCAUGGAUGUUCCCCGCCGGUCCCGGUGACCGAAUCCUUGUACCCGCAUACCGAUCACAUCGUCCUGGUGCUGGACCCCGAGUUGCCGAUGACGGAAUCAAUCCGUUACUUCAGCGAGGCGGCCGUGCGACAGGUCGCGAUAUUCCUAUCCGGAACGAAGGUAUGAGCGACUGGGUUCAUGCCAUAGAAGGCCGCGGCCCUCGACUCUUCAACUCUGGCGACAGCCCUGUCUCCUUCAUCAGUAAUUUGUUGAAUGCUAUGAGCUCAGGUACUGGCUCUGUACUACACCAACAUGGAGGUGCUCUGCACCUCUUCAGUAAUACCAUGGGUCUACCGCCACCAUUUGACUCUGGCUUCCGCCGCGAGAUGGUGCGUGCUCGUGAGUCGCACCUGUCACGCUCGGCUCGGGAGGAUCCUCACUCGGCUGUGGCCUUUGUGAAGGCAUAUACUAGCCAGCGCUGGCAAGAGGAAGCUAGGAUACUGUACGGACCAAGUGCAAUCGAGAAGAGUCAACGAGUUAUCAAUUCAAUCUUGAAGGUCAUGGUGCCUCCGGCGAUAGAGGCUGCCAAGAAGCGACAAGAAGAGCGAGAGGCCGAAGCGGCUCGUAAGCUCAAGGAAGAACAAGAGAGACAAGAACAGAAGGAGCGCGAGGAGCGCGAAGCCCGCGAGAAAGAAGCCAAAGAGCGACAAGAACGUGAAGCCGCUGAGGCUGCUACUCGAGCCCAAGAGCAGACUACAGAAACCGAAGGUGGCGUUGAACAGCCCGCCACAUCGGGUGAUCAAGCAAUGGGAGGCAUUGAAGCAGCCGAGCCUUCUGCUGUGCCUGCUGAAACCGAGUCUGCCCCAGCGCAACCUCCGGCUCCCAGAGUUGUGACUAUCAUACGAGGUCGUGAAUAUGAUAUCACGGAGUUGGGAAUAGACGCAGAGUAUCUGGAUGCUCUUCCUGAGGAGAUGCGUGAGGAGGUUCUCAUGCAGCAGGUCUCCGAGCGCCGGCAGGAGCAACGCGCGGCACAACGCGCGACAGCACGACAACUUGAGUCACAAGCACAAUCACAGGCCCCUGAUGCCCCACCCGCCAAUGAACCUGGGGAGCAGCCGACAGAUAUCAACGAAGAGUUUUUGGCUGCUCUACCGCCAGAGAUUCGUGCAGAGUUGCUCGCACAAGAAGCUCAGGAGCGUCGGCGUCGUGAACGCGAGGAGAAUCGUCGCCGCAACCAAGGCGCUGCUGUGGCACCUCAGGGAGAAGAUAUGGAUGCUGCAAGUUUCCUGGCGUCUUUGGACCCCAACCUCCGCGCAGCUGUGCUCAUGGACACCGACGAGGACACGUUACGACAGCUUCCUCCGGAGAUCUCUGCAGAAGCCCGAGCUUAUGGAGGUGAUCGCCGCCUCAAUCAAUUUGGAGACAUCAAUUACCGACGUGACGGUCGCCGAACACAACAUGACGACCCCACGCAGAAGAAGAAGGCUCGUCCUUGCGUGCAAAUGCUCGACAAAGCAGGUGUCGCUACACUGUUGAGGCUCAUGUUCAUCCCUCAGCAGGGCAGCGCCAAGUCUAGCCUCAGUUCUAUUCUACGAUAUGUUUGCGAGAACCGACAGAACCGCGCAGAGGUCAUCAGCAUACUGCUGUCUAUCCUUCAAGAUGGCAGUGCCGAUGUAAAUGCAGUUGAGCGAAGCUUUGCCCAACUUUCAAUUCGUGCGAAGCAACCACAACAGCCUGCGGACAAGACUCCCAAGCCGUCACGAAAGAAUGGUGCUCUGUCGAUCAAUGCCGAUGUCUCUCCACUUAUGGUCGUUCAACAAUGUCUGAAUACCCUGACCCAAUUGACUGAGAAGAAUCCAGCUGUCUGGUCAUUUUUCCUCACCGAGCAUGAGACUGGCGUCGGCCUCAAGGGUCGCGCCAAUCGCAAGGGCAAAGCAAAAGAGAGCAAGGCAAAUAAGUAUCCGAUAAACGCUCUUCUCACGUUACUGGACCGUAAGCUCAUUGUUGAGAGCUCAACUAUCAUGGAGCAGCUCACUACAUUGCUCCGUGUUAUCACAGCACCUUUACAGGCACUGAAGAAGGAAAAGGAAAAGGCGGCAGAGGACGCUAAGAAGGCAGAGGAGACCAACAACGAUGGCCAGGCUGCCGAAAACCGGACCGUCCCGGGUGGACAAUCAGAGACCCGCACCAGCGAUCAAGAUACGGAGAUGACAAGCGUAUCCGAAGCACCGGCUGAGCCCAGUGCUAGUACUACCGAAGGCGAAGGAAGUGCGGCUAAACCUAGCGAAACAAAGGCCGAAGAGGAGAAGGCCAAGAGGCACCGCGCAUUGGCUCCUCCCGAUGUUCCAGAAGCUAACCUCAGGCUCGUGGCUAAGAUUUUGGCUGCUCGUGAAUGUAAUAGCAAGGUUUUCCAGGAGACGCUCUCUGUCAUCAGCAACUUAUCUCCCAUCCCAGGUGCAAAGGAGAUCUUUGGUCAGGAAUUGCUUGGUAUUGCCAAAGAGCUCGCUAGAUCAACCCUACAAGAUCUUGCGAGCCUCACCGCACAGGUGUCCAACGCAGAGUCGCCUACAGAUGUUCAAGGCAUUGCACUUGCCAAAUUCUCACCAGCAAGCUCCGACCAAACAAAGCUCUUACGGGCACUUACUGCGCUCGACUACCUCUUCGAUCCGUCUCGCGACAUUAAAGAUAAGCCAGAGACUGCGGCCGAGGCUUUGGAGCCAGCCCAAAAGGCGGACAUUCUGUUGACUCUCUACGAAGACGCAGCCUUUGCACCACUGUGGAACAAGCUCAGCGAAUGCCUUACAGUCAUCCGGCAACGUGGUAACAUGCUCAACAUUGCUACGACCUUGCUCCCACUCAUCGAGUCACUCAUGGUCGUCUGCAAAAACACCACACUCAAGGAGCCGCCUCUGUCCAAGCUUGUCUCCAAGGAGUUUGCACUCUCGAGCCCGCCACCUGAGAGCAAGAUGGAGAAUUUGUUCUUCCAAUUCACCGAAGACCAUCGUAAGAUCCUAAACGACCUUGUCCGCCAGAAUCCAAAGCUUAUGAGCGGUACCUUCUCUCUAUUGGUCAAGAAUUCCAAGGUUCUAGAGUUUGAUAACAAGCGCAACUACUUCAAUCGCAAGCUUCACUCUCGCGGGAGCGAUCGUCAACCACACCCACCACUCCAACUCUCAGUCCGUCGUGAUCAAGUUUUCUUGGACUCGUUUAAGUCGCUGUACUUCAAGUCGGCAGAUGAGAUGAAGUACGGAAAGCUCAGCAUUCGCUUCCAUGGCGAAGAGGGUGUCGAUGCCGGUGGAGUGACCCGCGAAUGGUUCCAGGUGAUCUCUCGCCAGAUGUUCAAUGCCGACUACGCUCUGUUUGUACCAGUCGCCUCCGAUCGCACGACAUUCCACCCCAACCGUCUCAGUUCUAUCAAUCCCGAGCACUUGAUGUUCUUCAAAUUUAUUGGACGCAUCAUCGGCAAAGCACUGUACGAAGGUCGUGUCCUGGACUGUCAUUUCAGUCGUGCAGUUUACAAGCAGAUAAUGGGCAAGCAAGUCAAUCUCAAGGACAUGGAGACGCUCGAUCUGGAAUACUACAAGUCGUUGGAGUGGAUGCUACACAACGACAUUACCGACAUCAUCACCGAAACCUUCUCCGUCGAAGUCGAAGCCUUUGGCGAGAUGCAAGUCGUCGACCUGAUCGAAAAUGGUCGCAAUAUCCCGGUGACCGAAGACAACAAGCAAGAGUACAUCCGUCUUAUCACUGAGCAUCGCCUCACGGGAGCCGUCCAAGAACAGCUCGAGCAUUUCCUCAAAGGCUUCCAUGACAUCGUCCCAGCAGAACUAGUCUCCAUCUUCAGUGAACAGGAGCUCGAGCUGCUCAUCUCAGGUCUGCCGGACAUCAACGUCGAUGACUGGAAGAACAACACAGAAUACCACAACUACACCGCUGCUUCGCCGCAGAUUCAGUGGUUCUGGCGCGCCAUUCGCACGUUUGAAAAAGAAGAGCAGGCCAAGCUUUUGCAGUUCAUCACCGGAACGAGCAAGGUGCCGCUCAAUGGCUUCAAGGAACUUGAGGGUAUGAAUGGAUUCAGCAAGUUCAAUAUCCAUCGUGAUUAUGGAAGCAAGGAUCGUUUGCCGAGUAGUCAUACUUGCUUUAACCAGCUCGAUCUCCCAGAGUACGAAACGUAUGAGGAUCUCCGCAAGGCGCUGUAUACGGCCAUGACGGCUGGUGGCGAGUACUUUGGAUUCGCUUAG